AUGAAUAUGAGUGCUGACCCCUGCGACGAUUUCUAUGAAUUCGCUUGUGGCAAUUUUGAUAACGUUCCUCCUGAUGUUGUUCAAAAUAAAAAUCAUAAAAAUUAUUUUGACGUUUACGAUCUUGUUUCCCGAAUAAAACAAUUAGUAAUGUCAAGUGGUUCACCCCACUCAUUUCGACCUUUCAAGUUUUUGAAAGAUUACAUGACUUCCUGUGAAAAUUUCUAUGAUAAUAUUUAUAAUCCACCUCCCGGUGUCGUGGAAGAAAAAUUAGAUUAUUUGAAUGAAUUGAUAUCUAAAUUAGGCGGCUGGCCGGCUGUCGAAGGUGACAAAUGGAAUGAGACUAAUUUCGAUUGGGUUGAUUUCACUCUUAAAGCGGCUGAUAUUGGUGUUGAGCAUGCGUUUUUUCUGAGACGGAGUCUAACGCAUCGCCAAAAUUUCACCGAAUUUUUAGUCUUGGAUCCACCAUUGGAAGAACUUUUACACGGAUUAGAAGUCAUGAUGAUUGAAAUUAUUUUUGAGGAUUCGCCAUAUCUCAAUUUUAUGUUCAAUGUUGCUGAAUUUUUGGGAGCUAAUAUGACACAUGCUGAAAAUGAACUCUUUGACUCAAUGGACUUUGAAUUAGAAAUUAGCAAAAUAGCCAGUGAAAGUUUUACUAAUUCAUUAACUGAUGGAAAUAAAACUUACGGAAUGACCGUAAAAGAAAUGAUAGAUAAAUGGCCGAGUAUUGAUUGGAUGAAUCUUUUGAAUUGGCCAAAGCUGCCUCGGUCUUACAUAACAAAUGAUUCGAUAAUUUUCAUUAAAAAUCACGAGUUUGUAACAGGAUUUGAAAAAUUACUUAGAAAAACUCCCAAAAGAGUGCUAGCCAAUUACGCAAUGUGGAAGACAGUUCAAUAUUUGAUUCCCUUAGUCCAUUCUACGACUCUACAUAGGUUACGGAACACUUAUAUAGGAAAACCAUUGGAUUUGAAUUCCACUGCGUGUAUCAUACAUUUAGAACUAGAUCUUCCAGAACUGAUGUUGUCUUAUUAUGCCCAUCAUCACCCACUUGACCAUAAAGUGAAGAGUCAAAUUGAUCUAAUGGCUUUGGAUCUUAAACAAAAAUUAAUAGACACUAUAAACAGGACAAAUUGGCUGGAUGAUGAAUCCCGGAACAAACUCACUGGAGAUAUUGAGUCUUUACGGGUUAUCACGGGUUAUCCCGAGGUAUUGUUGGAUGACAAAAAAAUGGAAGAGUAUUUCCAAGGUCUCGAAAUUACGCCUGAUGAUUUCUUAAGGAAUAUACAUGCUGCCAAGGCAUUUAGAAAAAAUAAAACGUUCACCACAGCUUCAAAGCCAAGUGAUGAAACUAAUUGGAUAGAUUUACUACAAGCCGAAAUCGACUUGACUUCUGUGAGCGCUUUUAACAGGAUGCGCUCUAACUUCAUUGGUAAUACAAUAUUUAACGCAGUGUUAUUGCUCAUAAGUUCGGUUUCGAAAUAUUUAUUUUUUAACAUCAACCGUCCGACUUAUUCAAAUUAUGGUGCCCUAGGAUUCCUUUUUAGCCACGAAAUGGGGCAUACUGUUCAUAACUCUAAAACGUUUUUUGAUAAUUAUGCUUUUGCGCACAAUCGGUGGAGUUCAUUUUCGUUUGAAAAAGUUAAAGAAAAAAAUAACUGUCUCGUUGAACAACUUGGAAACUUCACUUUCAGAGGAACUGAACGAAAACUGAACGGUCAAACUUUACUAGCAGAAAAUAUUGCUGACCAGAUUGGCAUAGAAGUCGCUUAUUCAGCAUAUCAAGAUUGGGUCAAAGUGCAUGGAAAGGAACCAACAUUUCCUAACUUGCCUUAUAAUCCGAAUCAAUUGUUUUGGCUAUCGUACGCCAAUCAGUGGUGUUUAUCAAAGUCGGAUUUAGACAAACCGUAUUUAAUGGGCUCGCAUCCUCCAUAUGAUAAACGUGUUAUCGUACCACUUUCGAAUACCCCUGAAUUUUCUACAGAUUUCAAUUGUCCCCUAGGAUCGAAAAUGAAUCCUGUUAAAAAAUGUCAGAUGUUUGAAUAG